AUGGACAAACUAGAUAAAUUAUGGGUUCCUCAUAAAGUUGGUAAGUCCUGUGUUGAGUCUUUACGGUUAUGGAAAAAAGGAGAACAUUCUGAAUUAAACUUUGGUAUUCUUAUGAUCUGGAUGGAGCCUAAGAACCAUUUCGAUGAUUUUUACUUUUGCGUAGUAGAUGCUAAAGGUUUUAAUCAAAAUCAAACGUGGAGAUAUCCAGAAUUACAGUCUACAAAAUGUCCUGUUAUACACAGUGAAAAUCGCCCUCGGCCUAUUUACAUUUCAAAAGUAGUUCGCAUGCCCUCAGCACCAAUGAUGUUGCCAAAUUCACAGAAAAUGGGACAGUCUACCAGUGGAAGUGAAUGGGAAGGUAAAGCAUUGUCCGAUUCUUUCACCCCUCAAGCAGGGGUACCACAAGGCUUGGUUGACUUCCUUUUAUACGCCGAUGAUACUGUUCUGCUCUCAGUCUCGUAUAAAAGACUGAAAUUGACUUACCUUGAAGAUAAGAUUCACUUACAUCCUCGAUUGGUCCUCUGA